AUGUAAUAAGUAAUUUAAGUCACAACAUCUAAUUAUUGUGAGAAAGUGAAUAAGGAAGGAAAGGCAGCUUUAAUAUUUGUAGGAGAUAUUUUAGAUUUAACUGGUUAAUCAUGGUGUUCAGAUACAGUAGAAGCAGAACCUAUAAUUAAGAAUUAUGCAAUUCCAGAAUUAUAGUAGAGAGGAUAUUAAAUUUAUUGGUGUUGGGGAGGUGAUAAAGAAACGUAAGUAGUUAAUAAUAUAAAUAUAGUUGGUAUGAUUAAAAUAAUCCUGCUAGAAAUUCUUAGUGGAUUAAGAUAAGAGAGGUUCCAACUUUAUUAUUAAUUCAUGAUAAUAAGGAAGUUAUUAGAUUUGAAGAGGAAUAAUUAUUCACAGAAAAGGAAUUGAAAUAAUACUUAGAACAAUAAUGA